CUUAAGAGAUUUGUUGAUUCGUCGACCUGAAGCCAUUUAUUUCAGUACAACGAUUAACAAUCAUGGUACUUGGAAAGAGUUGGACAGGUCUUGUGCAAGAAUGACAAAGAAAAAGAAAGUAGGCAAGUAUGAAACAGCAUAUCAACUGUGUUGAAUUUCACGUCUGUUCUAUCUAUUCAAUAGAGAAGAGACAAGCAACUUCAGACGACUCGAGCUCUCUGCGUUCUGAAGAGACAAGCAGCUCGUUGUCAGCACAAGUGGAAAAGUUGAUUAUAGACGAGAAUAUGAAAGACCUCAUUCGCGAAGAAGAUGAUUUCCCGGAUAACCUGGUAUCUGGAUUUGCAAUAGCAGUAGAACGGUUAAACGAUAAGAGGUCGUGGAUGAGAUUGAAAGCCUUAAGUUAUACCUAUGAAGCUCUUCGCAAUGAUUAUCGACCAGAAUUAUUGGAAAAGACUGUGGAGACGCUUGUAUAUACACUGUUAAAGGGACCUUUUCAUCGAACUAUACAAGAAGAAAGAAGGUUGAGUUGUCUUCUGUUAGCUAGCGUUGUGUUAACUUUGGGAGAAUCGAGCUCAAGCGAAUACGUUUGGGAACACUGUGGACCUUUAUUGAAGACCAUGGUAAAAAGAGGUGUGAAGGGUAGUUUAGAAGCAAUAGCUUGUGUAGGAAUGGUGGGUUCCACUGAUUUAGAAGAUAUAUGGUUGUUGAUGGGAGAUAUUUCUGGAUAUUUCUUGUCCUCAGAUAUUGAGUUGGCUGCAGAAGCUUUACGAAGUUGGACUUUAUUAGCCUCCAGUUUGCCGAUUACGGACUUGUAUCAUUUACUUUGUGGUACGAAUUCUCCACUCACUAUAUUUCAGCGACUUUUUUCCAUUCCUUCUCAGACGCUUCAUCAUCAUCAUCAUCAUCAUCAUGAAGAAGAGGAUGUAGAUAUCGACAAGGAGCUGGACUUUCAACAUAUAGAAGAGUGGCCAAAUGCAUCUGUUGGUGCUGAAAAUGGAACUUCUGUAAGACUACAUCAAAAUCGUACAUAUCGUGUUUCAGAAAUUUUGCAACAGCUGUAUCGUUUUCGUUGCCAAAGUGCAGAUGCUUUAUUCGAAGAGAAUAAACGAACUCCCAAGAAACAAAGAAGCUUGCGCAAGUCCAUUGUCCGAGCGCUGGAAGAUCAAGUGGAUAGCGAGCAUUAUCAAUUGGCAAAUGGUGAAGAAAUACUAUUUGAUACUUGGUUGGAUAAACUGCGUAUUCAAAGUUUUCGUGUAAUAUUUGGAAGUGGAUGGAAGAAACAUUUGGAAUUGAAUGUCUUUGUGAGACAAGUUUUGUCACUAGGAAUGCCAGUAGCACCAGUACCAGAUAGUGAGUUGCGUCUUACAAAAGAAGAAAAACGAUUGUUUCGCAGUCCAAAUUCGAUUUUGGAAAAAAAACGAACAUUACAAAGACAAGGAAGGAGAACACGUCGAAUUCGUGAACGUGAAAUUGUAUAAAAAUAAACUUUCAAGGACUUGCCGCACCUUCAUGGUAGAGGGUUGGUUCCAAA